AUGAAGCCAGCGCAACGGCUGCUUCCACGCAGUAGCCGCAGCAGCAGCACGCUUCUAUCCCGUCUACAUCUCACUCCUGCUACGCAUCAUACCGCCGUCGCUCUCACCCCGAUUCUGCACGUCGCGCGGCGGUCCCUCCACCUCUUGCAGCACCACCACCUCACACCCUCCUCGCCGACCGAUGCGCCUUUUGUGCGCUAUGACGACGCCGCCGUCCUGCAGGACGAGCACCGCGCGCGCUUCCUCGCCUGGAAAGCCGGCGCUGCCGCCUCAUACGAAUCACCACAGCAACAGCAGGUGGAUGCGCCGCGGCCGCAGCUCCUGAGCUUCCAAACGCAGCCGACCUACACCCUCGGCCGGCGGCAAGAUGCGCUGACCCCUUCGCAGGCGGCGCGCCUUGCCCAGCCGCUACACGUGUCUCUGCCGCGUGACGGUAGCGGCAUAGGCAGGAACAGCCAGCUGUACACGCCGCAGGUGCGCCAGACGAGCCGCGGCGGGCUCACAACGUACCACGGCCCGGGACAGCUGGUGCUCUGGCCGGUGCUGGACAUGCACUCGCCGCUGCACGCGCGCUUCGGCGUGGCGUCGUACGCGCGGCUGCUCGAGGAGACGACGCGCAGCGUGCUUGCGGAUCAGUUCGGCGUCGCCACGUACACGAAUCAAGAGGAGCCGGGCGUGUGGGCGGGGACAGCCGCGGAGGUGUCUGCGGGCCGGGAGGAGCGCAAGAUUGCGGCGCUGGGCGUGCACCAUAGACGGUACGUGACGGCGCUGGGCGUCGCGCUGAAUGUUAAUGUACCGACGAGCGGCGACGACGAGGGCAGGAAUCCGUGGGCGCGGUUCGUGCCGUGCGGGCUGCAGGGCAAAAAGGUGACUUCGGUGGCUGCGGAGACGGGGAGGGAGGACGAGGACGAGGGGUGGGACAUGGAGAGGUUGGCGGAGGAGUGGGCGGCGAGGUUUGAGGAGGGCUUGAUUCGGGGCGAGGGAUCAUGA